AAGUAGUGUUACAGGGUUGCAUGUUAGAAAACCGUGCGUUGUAAACUAACCAGCAAACCAGUCGCCUGUACGGCUUCUAUUAAUUAAAUCCUUGUCAUUUUCCUUGGAGCCUAUUAAAAGGCUCUUAUUAAAAACAGAGACAGUUCACUUGAUCCGUCAGUGCUUUAGUUCAGUAGUAAAUAUUCACACACUACUAGUGUGUGUUUACGUGUAUGAUACAGUAUACAGGUUACAUUGUAGCAGUUUAGUGUACGUAGACUUCAUAUUCACUAAAAGUUACGCUCAGAUCUGGUCUACACAAGUCUGUUUGAGACUGCAGGCACUCAGUUUGUUUCUUUCGAGUAAGAAAGAUAUCUCUCUGUACGAAGAUGUUGUUGAAGGUUGGAGGAAUGCGAGCAGCUCUGAGUAUUUUGGCAGUACGGAGGGCUUGCUGUUUGUCCCGCUCUGCCCACAUGGCACCACAGACGGUGGAGUACAAACCUAUUAAGAAGGUCAUGGUGGCCAACAGAGGAGAGAUUGCAAUUCGGGUGUUCAGGGCUUGUACAGAGCUCGGGAUCCGGACAGUAGCGGUGUACUCUGAGCAGGACACUGGCCAGAUGCACAGGCAGAAGGCAGAUGAGGCUUACCUGAUAGGCAGGGGGUUGCCUCCUGUUGCUGCCUAUCUCCAUAUACCCGACAUCAUCAAAGUGGCCAAGGAGAAUGAUGUGGAUGCCAUUCAUCCAGGCUAUGGUUUUCUUUCUGAGAGGGCUGAUUUUGCUCAGGCGUGUUUCGAUGCCGGCGUGCGCUUUAUCGGCCCGCCUCCGGAGGUGGUUCGCAAGAUGGGCGACAAGGUGGAGGCUCGCUCCAUUGCCAACCAGGCUGGUGUGCCAGUGGUCCCGGGAACAAAUGCUCCCAUCUCCUCCUUGCAAGAGGCCCAGGAGUUUUCCAACACCUACGGCUUCCCAAUUAUCUUCAAGGCGGCGUAUGGAGGAGGAGGUCGUGGCAUGCGGGUGGUGCGAGAGUAUGAGGAGCUAGAAGAGAACUAUCAGCGGGCGUACUCUGAAGCUCUGGCAGCCUUUGGCAAUGGUGCUCUGUUUGUGGAGAAGUUCAUUGAGAAGCCGAGGCACAUUGAAGUGCAAAUCCUGGGUGAUAAGUACGGCAAUGUGAUUCACCUGUAUGAGAGAGACUGCUCCAUCCAGAGGAGACACCAAAAAGUGGUAGAGAUUGCCCCGGCUACACAGUUAGACCCACACCUCCGAGAUAGGCUUACAGCAGACUCGGUCAGCCUGGCCAAGCAGGUCAGCUAUGAGAAUGCAGGCACGGUCGAGUUUCUGGUGGAUAAAAAUGGAAAGCACUAUUUCAUAGAGGUGAACUCUCGUCUCCAGGUGGAACACACAGUAACUGAGGAAAUCACAGAUGUGGACCUGGUGCACGCUCAGCUGCGGAUAUGUGAGGGUCGCAGCCUACCCGAGCUGGGCCUGAAGCAGGAUAAAAUCCGGAUCAAUGGCACCGCCAUCCAGUGUCGCGUGACCACAGAGGACCCUGCACGUGGCUUCCAGCCAGACACCGGAAGAUUAGAGGUUUUCCGCAGUGGUGAGGGAAUGGGCAUCCGCCUGGACAGCGCAUCUGCCUUCCAAGGCGCAGUCAUCUCCCCACACUACGACUCGCUCCUGGUUAAAGUUAUAGCCAGCGGUAAAGACCUGACCACCGCCGCUGCCAAAAUGAGCCGUGCCCUGGCCGAGUUUCGCGUGCGUGGGGUCAAGACAAACAUCCCUUUUCUCCAGAACGUCUUGAAUAACAACCAGUUCCUCUACAGCACUGUGGAUACACAGUUCAUUGAUGAGCACCCGGCCCUUUUCAACCUCAAGCCGGGCCAGAACCGAGCACAGAAACUCCUGCAUUAUCUCGGUCAUGUUAUGGUGAAUGGCCCUACGACUCCCAUUCCUGUCAAGGCUAAGCCAUCCUUUAUCGAUCCAGUUGUCCCAGCGGUGCCUCUGGGUUCCCCUCCGACUGGUUUUAGGGAUGUCUUGCUGAGGCAGGGCCCUGAAGGCUUUGCCAAAGCAGUACGUGCUCACAAAGGUCUGCUUCUGAUGGACACCACCUUCAGAGAUGCCCACCAGUCUCUCCUGGCCACCAGGGUGCGCACCCAUGACCUUAAAAAGAUCGCACCCUUCGUGGCUCACAACUUCAGCAACCUGUUUAGUGUGGAGAACUGGGGAGGUGCUACGUUUGACGUGGCAAUGCGCUUUCUGUGUGAGUGUCCUUGGAAGAGGUUGCAGGAGCUGAGGUCUUUGAUCCCCAACGUUCCCUUUCAGAUGCUUCUGCGUGGAGCCAAUGCUGUCGGAUACACAAACUAUCCAGACAAUGCUGUCUUUAAGUUCUGUGAGGUGGCCAAAGAGAAUGGCAUGGAUGUCUUCCGCGUAUUUGACUCUCUAAACUACCUGCCUAACAUGCUCCUGGGCAUGGAGGCUGCGGGCGCAGCAGGAGGCGUGGUGGAGGCAGCUAUUUCUUACACCGGCGACGUCUCAGACCCCAUGAGACAGAAAUACUCUCUGGAUUACUAUCUGAAACUGGCUGAUGAACUGGUGAAGGCUGGCACUCACAUUCUUUGCAUCAAGGAUAUGGCUGGUCUGCUAAAGCCCGAAGCUAGCCGUUUGCUGAUUGGCGCACUGAGAGAUCGUUUUCCUGACACACCCAUUCACGUACACACUCAUGACACGGCCGGUGCUGGCGUUGCUGCUAUGUUAGCCUGUGCCGAAGCCGGAGCCGAUAUCGUAGAUGUGGCCGUGGACUCCAUGGCGGGCAUGACUUCUCAGCCCAGCAUGGGUGCCAUUGUAGCCUGCACCAAGGGAACUGAGCAGAAUACAGAAAUCUCUCUGGAGAAGGUGUUUGACUACAGCGAGUACUGGGAGGUGACCCGCGGUCUCUAUGCUCCAUUUGACUGCACAGCCACCAUGAAGUCCGGCAAUGCCGACGUCUACGAGAAUGAAAUCCCUGGAGGCCAGUACACCAACCUGCACUUCCAGGCUCACAGCAUGGGCCUGGGUAACAAGUUCAAGGAGGUCAAAAAGGCCUACACUGAGGCCAACAAGCUGCUAGGAGACCUUAUUAAGGUCACCCCCUCCUCCAAGAUUGUAGGCGACCUGGCUCAGUUCAUGGUGCAGAACAGCCUUACGCGUGCAGAGGUGGAGGAACGGGCGGAUGAGCUUUCCUUCCCUCUGUCAGUGGUGGAGUUCCUGCAAGGUCACAUAGGAAUUCCACACGGAGGCUUUCCUGAGCCGUUCAGGUCCAAGGUUCUGAAGUCUCUUCCUCGUAUAGAAGGUCGCCCAGGUGCUUCUCUUCCCCCUAUGGACUUUCAGGCCCUGGAAGAGCAGCUAUGCACGAACCAUGGAGAUGACAUCACUCCAGAGGAUGUGAUGUCAGCCGCCAUGUACCCGAAAGUAUUCCAGGAGUUUAAAGAGUUCACGACCACCUUCGGACCCGUCGACUGUCUCAACACUCGCCUCUUCUUGGACGGCCCUAAAAUUGCAGAAGAGUUUGAGGUGGAGCUGGAGAGGGGAAAGACUCUGCAUAUCAAAGCUCUGGCUCUGGGGGAUUUGAACAAGGCUGGUCAGAGAGAGGUCUUCUUCGAGCUUAAUGGUCAACUGAGAUCUGUCCUUGUCAAAGACACUAUGGCCAUGAAGGAGAUGCACUUUCACCCGAAGGCUCUGAAGGACGUCCGGGGUCAGGUGGGAGCACCCAUGCCAGGUAAAGUGGUGGAGGUGAAGGUGAAGGAGGGCCAGAAGGUGGAGAAGGGCCAGCCUCUGUGUGUGCUCAGUGCCAUGAAGAUGGAGACCGUGGUCAAUUCGCCUCUGUCCGGCACCGUGGCUAAAGUUUAUGUCAAAGUUGACAGCAGCCUGGAGGGCGACGACCUCAUUCUGGAGAUCACAGAAUAGAAUUGUGAAACAUCUGGGAACAUCUUUGGAACGUCUUGAACAUUCAACAUUGAGGCAAGAUUAGCAUCAUCAGCUCCUGUGUUGUAUUUAGCACAAAAAUACACAAAUACUGGAAAAAAAACACUCAUUCAAAUACGCACACACAAAUUGAAAAUUGAUGUAGAGAGAGAGAGAAAUGUGAUUAUGGGGAGCGCCUAAUGAAUCUGGAAUAAUGUAUUUGUGCACCAAGUGUGCAGGAGUUCUAGUUUUUUGUUGUUCAUGUUUGUUUGAUUUAAUCACCUGUCAUUUGUAAUGAUAAUCACAGCGCAAAUCAUCCAUGAGCUGAAAAUGAGUGUUACAAUAAUGUUGAGUGUCUCUAAUAAUGUUAGAUGUUAAUGUCAGUCUUAGAAACAGAAAGAGAUUUAUAAAAAAAAAAUAAGAAGCAAUAAAUAAAUAUAUCAGUAGAUGUGGCUUUAAACUAAAUAUUGUUAGUAAUGUUCUUUAUUUCCUGUAAUCUCUGUUAAUAUUCAGUAUCUUCUAUAAAACUUGGAUCACUAAAAAUAGAAGUAAAGAUACUAACGUAAAUCUUUAUCAACCCACUCUCAUUUUUAGCAUGAAUUGCUCUCACUGCAGAGUCAGUAACCUUAAGCAUCCAGUUAUUAUCUGAUAUCAGCAAUCAUCUAAUUAUUCAUCAUCUAAAUAUUCAUGUAGCGUGUAAGUCAAAAGUUUACAUAUAUGCACUUCAUGGCAUGUCCAUGAGUUUUUGCAGCUGUUCUUUUUCAGCAAAUUAAUGAUUAAACUACAUACAAUUUUGUCACAAAAGAGUCUGGAUGCGGACUAUGUGUAAUCUGUGUGUAUUAGAUCUGUAUGUCUGUCAUUUAACAAGUUUAAAUUUCAGUAAAAUUGUGCUU